UAUCACUCUAGUACCUGUUUUCCAUCUAAGUAUCUUCGUGUCGCGUCUUCGCCCUGCGAGGGCGGGAUCUGGCAAUUUAGAUAUGUGAGCCUGCUACUAUCGAGUGCUCCACAUUUUGUCUAGAACACGGAAAAGCGGACCGCCAACACUGGCAAAAUAUGAACUUCCACCAAGUGCGUAGCAGCCUGCGCACUUCGUACAUAACGGACCCCUAUUCGCUGCUGAUCCACUACAAGCGAGCAUUUAAACUGCUGAAGCUGGUCAGGGAUAACGCGGGGCGCAUACUGGUGUUAGGCAACCGCAACCAUUUUGGCGUGAACUGGUUUGCUGGGUCACCAGCAGCCGGUACGAGUAACAGCUCAAAGACUCUCGCACCGUCGUACAAGCACUGUCCACGCGUGGACGAGCAAACGAUCGCAACCGCGACCAAGGACUUCUCCCUGAUUCUGUGUCUCGACCCAAUUUUGUUCGCGAAGGCACUGCACCGAGCAAACUUGCCUGUUAUGAUGGUUGCAACCGCGAAGGAGCUUCACGACCACCCGGAGAUUCUGCAAGUGACAGACUAUCUUCUCCCAUCUGCGAGUUCAAAGCACGAUGCUGCACUGGGAGAGCUCAUUCGACAGCAAGUAGAUCAAUGA